ACCUAGAAACAUUUAUAGCGGCUGUCUUUAAUCAUCAGGUGCUUGUAGACUGAUCAUUAGCUCCUCAUGGUGUACACUACAGUCUUCAAAGAUAAAGGACAACUGGCUCUAACAAGGACAGAAAGAGAUGUAGAAGGCCCAGAUGUUCAACUAAACGAGAGGAUAAGUACAUCAAAGUCUCUAGUUUGAGAAAUAGAUGCCUCACAUGUCCUCAGCUGACAGCUUCAUUGAAUUCUACCCGCUCAACACCAGUUUCAUGUACAACAGUAAAGAGAAGACUCAGGAGUGCAGGCCUUAUGGGAAGAAUUGCAAAGAAAAAGCCACUUUUGAAACAGAAAACAAAAAGAAAAGGUUAGAGUGGGCAAAGAAACACAGACAUUGGACAACAGAUAAUUGGAAAAGAGUGUUAUGGAUCUUAACCCCAUUGAGUUCUGUGGGAUCAGCUAGACUGUAAGGUGUAUGAGAAGCGCCCGACAAGACAGCCACAUCUAUGGCAAGUGCUACAGGAAGCGUGGGGUGAAAUGUCACCUGAGUAUCUGGACAAACUGAUGGCUAGAAUGCCAAGGAUCUGCAAAGCUGUCAUUGCUGCACGUGGAGGAUUUUUUGAUGAGAACUCUCUGAAGUAGUUUUUUUUUUUUUUAUUGUAAUAGUAAUUUUUCAUGUUAUUAAUGCCCUGACUAUACAUUGUGAUCAGUUGAAUGCCACUUUGGUGAAUAAAAGUACCAGUUUCUUUCUAUAAGAGCAAAAUCUGUACAUUAUUCCAAACUUUUGGCCGCCAGUGUGUGUGUGUGUGUGUGUGUGUGUGUGUGUGUGUGUGUGUGUGUAUAUAUAUAUAUAUAUAUAUAUAUAUAUAUAUACUGUAUAUAGAUAGAUGAAAAACAGUAUAGUGUCACACACAGCUUCGUUUGUAUCUUUUCUGAAUACUAUUAAGCUUAUUUGAAAUGACAUAUUAUCAAAACAUCAGCCAUUUCCCAUGUCUUUAAUUCAGUAUAUCAGACCAAUCAUGUUUGAGCUUUCUCCAUGUUUCUCUUCUCACAGACUGUUUUCCUGAUAUGGAACAGCCUGAAUGAUCCUCUGUUUGGCUGGCUGAGUGACCGCUCAUUCCUGAGCUCUCCUCAGUCUGGGUCUCAGAUCACGUCCCCGGAGGUGGUUGUGAAGAGGCUGCAGGCGCUCUCCAGGAGCGGGCCUCUCUUUGCCCUCUCAUUCUUGGCCUUCUGGGUGGCCUGGACCUGGCCUGGGCUGCAGUUCCUCCUCUGCCUGUGCCUUUACGAUGGUUUCCUCACAGUGGUGGACCUCAACCACAACGCCCUCCUGGCCGACCUGGCCGUGUCGGCACAUGAUCGCACACGCCUCAAUUUCCACAGUUCCCUGUUCAGUGCGCUGGGCUCGCUGUCCGUCUUCCUCUCCUACUCCUUCUGGAACAAGGAAGACUUUUACUACUUCAGGCUGUUCUGCGUGACACUAGCAGCUCUUUCAAUGCUGGGCUUUGCCAUAGUUUCACGCCUUCUGCGCCACCGAUUUCAGAACGAAGUUCAACCACACAAAAACGAGGGCCAAGCACUGACCGAACUGAGUGUUGGUCAGGCUCCUUUUACAUCCCCUGAGAAACCCGUGACUCUUGGGGAAUAUCUUAAGCAGCUGUCACGCCACAAAAACUUUAUGUGGUUUGUCUCAAUGAACCUCAUACAGGUAUUCCACUGCCAUUUCAACAGCAAUUUCUUUCCCCUGUUUUUGGAACACCUCCUGUCAGACCGAAUCUCUGCCUCCACCGGUUCCUUCCUGCUGGGUUUCUCUUACAUUGCCCCUCAUCUGAACAAUCUCUACUUCUUGACACUGUGCCAAAGACUGGGUGUCUACCAGGUUAUACGCUGGCUCUUCCUCCUGAAGCUUGGCCUCAGCAUUGCCAUGCUACUAGCUGGGGCUGACCAGGUGUACCUGCUCUGCAUCUUUAUUGCUAGUAAUCGUGUGUUCACCGAGGGCACUUGUAAACUUCUGAACCUGGUUAUUACUGACCUGGUAGAUGAGGACUUUGUGUUGAACCGCCGACAACAAGCAGCUUCUGCUCUGCUCUUUGGCAUGGUUGCCUUGGUAACCAAGCCUGGUCAGACCUUUGCCCCUCUCAUUGGUACUUGGCUGCUAUGUGUCUACACAGGAUAUGACAUCUUUGAGAGGAACUCAAUGGCCACAGAACCAAUAUCAGCCCCUGCGGUCCCCAUGCCACUGCGUCAGGGUUGCUUUUACCUUCUGGUGUUUGUGCCCAUCUCCUGCGCCCUUCUGCAGCUGCUGGCGUGGUCUCACUUCAGUCUGCAUGGGCGCAGGCUACAAGGCAUCAAGGCCCUCAGGCAGGGUGCCCAACACUGCCACCUCAUUGAUGUCAAGGCUAUCUAAUACUCUUCAUGUGGGCAGGGAAAGAGGAGGGAGGGAUGCAGCCUGGACAUUCCUCAAAACUAAGCAUUCUGCCAACAGACUGAACCAGAAUGGAGAAUGGUGACGCCAAAUACUGCAAGAGACGCUUAAGAGAGAAUGUAUGGUCCCACAUCUUAUUGAAACCUGCCUUAGUUUGCUAUUUUUGCUAACCGGUGUGUAUUUAUGUAGAGUAUGUACUUAGGACCAAAUAUGAAUGCACAGUUAAAACAAUAAAGUAGUUUGGGACCAUAUUGACCAGUACUGCCCCAAAACUUCCUGGUCUAUUUCAACAUAUAGUUAGAUGGGUUGAUAAUCUAAUCCAAGACAAAUCUAAUCAAAUGUUCCAAAAUGAAAGGCUCCUUGCUUUUCUGUCCUUUAUUUUUGUUUUAACUUUAUGGAAAAAAGGCAACACACUGUGUUCUCAGAAAGGGCAUGUUUACAGUAAGUGUUUAGCUGCAUUCCAGAGAUACGCAAUAUGGUAUUGCAUGGACCUCUGUGACAUUUUCUUUUACAUUAUCGAGACUUACACUUUGUUGUUUGUUUUAUUUAUUUUUUUGGCCAAAUUGUAAUUUGUUUUGUGGCCAGUAUUAUCUGUUUUAUGACUUUCUUUUAUGAAAUGUGUUUUGCUACUCAUUGCUAUCAAUAAUUAUUAUUUUUGGUCAGAAAAUUUGCAUAUUAGGCUACCAUUCAAAUGUCGUGAACACAAGUGCAGACUGUGUAGCAUGUAUAACUACUGUAACUUAUUUUUGUUCAAAAUGUUCAAUGACACUUUUUUUUGUGUUUUAGAGGCGAAGUGGUCAAUUCGACUGAUGAGAUAUAAGAGGGUGAACAAGUCCUCUGCCAGUUUUACAUUUCAAUGUAAAAUUACUUCUCAGAAUGACUGAAAUAGUUUUAUAAGUGAGUUUUCCAAAUUUACAUUUUUAUUGCCAAAUUUAUAUUCUAGACUUUUAGUAUAGAUCCCAUUCUCUACACAGACACACACACACAUCCAUAAAUUUGUAUUGAAUAUACCAUUUUCCAUUUGUAUAUUCAUGGCAAAAAUUACUGCAGCAACAAGACACGUUUGAAUAUUUUAUACUUUCGUCAGUAGAAGGUUGAGUAAAAUGUUCAGCACCUACUGGUUGGCGCCCAAUGGGCACAUAUGCGCUCCUUCUUAUUUCUCUGUAUUUUAUGGUUAUUUGUUCUGAGCAAACUUUAAAUUAUCUUUAAAAGCAUUAAACUUUCCCAAAAAUGUGUCAUGUGUUGUCAGAGACUGAACUAUGUCUUGGGAUAUGCAAGUUCUUUUAGUGCUUUUGCCCUUGUUCAAAACAUUUUGCCAGUAAAUAAAUGUCAUUGUUUCAAGAAAGUAAUGUC